CAUUGGGCGUCUUCACGCUUCCUCAUUGACAGCGCCUUCAGGACGAAACCAGAAAACUCGCAAUUUUUUUUUGUUGCACUAUAUCAGUAUUUAUAUCGCUUUUACGCGCUAUUAACAACCUUAAAAACUCGAAAGCUUUAUUUAAAAGUCGUUGAGAAGUUCAGAAAUGUCAAAGCCUCCCCCCAAGCCAGCAAAACCAGGUCAGGUCAAGGUGUACAGGGCAUUAUUCACCUUCGACCCAAGGACGCCGGAUGAACUGUACUUUGAGGAAGGAGAUAUUCUAUACAUCUCAGACACAAGUGACAGUAACUGGUGGAAGGGGACAUGCCGGGGAAGGACUGGUCUUAUUCCCAGUAAUUAUGUGGCUGAACAGGCGGAAUCCAUUGACAACCCCAUGCAUGAGGCAGCCAAGCGAGGUAAUCUGAGCUGGCUCCGAGAGUGUUUGGAUAACAAGGUGGGCAUUAAUGGACUGGACAAAGCAGGGAACACUUCUCUCUACUGGGCGUGCCACGGAGGGCACAAAGAUGUAGUGGAGAUUUUGUUGAGUCAGCCAAAUUGUGAGCUUAAUCAGCAGAAUAAAUUGGGAGAUACGGCUCUACAUGCAGCUGCCUGGAAGGGAUAUUCAGACAUAGUUGAGCUGUUGCUCAAUAAAAAUCCUAGAAUGGACAUUGUAAACAAUGAAAAGAAGACUGCUCUGGAUAUGGCCACCAACGCUCAAUGUGCCUCACUGCUGAAGAGGAAACUGGGAGGAGUGAUUCUGCGCACCCACAGUAACGCUGAGGAAUAUCUGGAUGACGAAGACUCCGACUGAAAGAAGAGCAGCACUAAUGAAGUCAUCAGUUCCUUUGUUUGCAACACCACCAUCAUAACUUGUAUAUAGACCAGAUUCAUACAUUACGUGGGGCGGGGAGGGGGAUGAUAUGAAAGCUGAAUGCCGUUGUCUGAUUGUCUAAAGCCUUAAAAUGUUUUCUUAUUCAUUCCAGUUCAUUGUAAAAGUAUUCCAGUACUGUCUGUUCUGUACGUUCUAAGGAUGGACACACAGUGAACGAUUGUUUUUCUAUUUGCUGCUCCUCUCUGAACUGUAUUUAUUCUGGAUGACUGUCUUUUUGAUUUUAAAGUGCCUUUUAAUUGGGAGAAUGCCCAGAACCAUGUCAGAGUAUUGGGCUUUUUAAUUACAAUAGUUUCAUGCAUUUGUGUGUGUGUGUGUGUGUGUGUGUGUGUGUGUGUGUGCACUUUUUACCUGUUUGAUUUUGUUUGUGUGCUUGAGAUGGUUGAGAUAACCUUAUGCUUGAGUUGCAUGUAAAUCCAACAUGUUAUAAAUGUUAAAACUAUGCAAAUAAAUCAGUGGCCUUUCGUUGCAACUAA